AUGCCAUAUGGUAUUGCAACAGCAUAUUUCGUUCGUUCAGCAGGCACUGUCAAGAAUGCUUAUCGUACAUCUCAAGAACAAGUAGCUCAACUGUUUUUUCUCCUUUAUGGUUAUGGUACAUAUGCGGUGAGUAACAUAGGUGUUUUCGAUUUAUAAUUUGUUCUGAUUGUAUUUUCAGAGCUCAUUCUACUGUUAUUAUGCAGCUUCGAAAGCAUUUCGUAAGCAAGUCUUCGAUAUAAUCAAACAGUUAAUACUGAAUAAAUGGAGAAGAAAUCAAAUUAUACCAUUAAUUCAAAUGAAUCCUUCACCUACUAUUCAACAAUAGACAGUCCAAUCAUGAGAAAUUCGCGAAUUUGAAUAUUCCCAUGUAUCAUAUAAUGGAACUUCAAAUCUUUUCAAUGAUAUAUCGUUUUUCCUAAGAAAACAAGUUUUGCUUACGUUUUUGAUAUUCAUGGGAUAGUAAACGCACUUUGGAGUACUUUUUAGUACAUUGACGUACUUCAGUGUGUUUCUUCAUAUUUUUAUACCUCUGUAAGGUAAAGUGUCUACUAGUCUUCAGAUUAUACUAACUAAAAAAUAGGAGUUGCGUAAUCAGUCGCCGUACCAUAUAGAGCACUAUAGGAAUCUCUCACAGAACUUUCUAACAAUAUAAAAAUCAUAUAUUCUAGUGUUAAAUAAUACAUUUUUUUAAAAACAACCAUUGAUAAACAAGGUAUGAGUAUGGUUGUGGGAGUUGCUGUAGAUGUAGAUGUUAAAAUGCUUAUGAGUUUGAGUAUAAAAAAUAAACCGUAUCAAAUUAGGCCCACAAUCAACGCAUAACCUAACACCCACACCCUCCAUGAGAAUCUGAAUGGGUGUGGCUAUAGUUGUAAUUGUAUGUGUGCGUACGGAAGAAGUGAGAGCCCACACGCACAUUUACACAAUUAAUAGAAAACAGUCAACUAAUUCAAGUUUUCUAUCUAUUUGAGAGACACUGAUCAUGAUCUGAUAAUGAACUGAUGUAAUUUUCUCUAUUGUUCCGUUAUGCAGAGGCGAAUGUGUAAAAUUUUGAAAAUAACUAUCAAUCAUCAAUUGUUUUUCCGGCAAACUUGACAUGAGUAAAAGCAAUUUAUACAUCAUCACAAUGGAAAAAAAAAUUCAAAAAGAGCAUAGUUCUCAAAUGUCUAAAUGAAUUAUUUGACAUAAACAUUCGAGCUGAAAAUUUCCUAAGAAAAAAAGUUUAUUUGAUGUACUCUUAAUAGUACUAGACAAGCAUGUAGAUGCUUAUCAUGUGAUAGUAUCAAUAUAACUUAUUGCUGCAGAUAGUAGUUUGUUGGUUGACUUAGGAUUGAUAAAACCAAACUGUUUUUUUUUUCUUUGACUGAAGUAGGUAAAUAUAUGCUCGUUUUAUUAAAUGUUUCGUAUUGAUUGGUUCACCGAACCCUAUCAACAAAAAUUGGCUUCGAAAGAAGAUUAAAACAUCACAUUUUCACAUCUUCGUAGCCUACUACUAGCUCAUUUCAACAUAUCGAUGAAACUUCUCUGUAGAAUUUUAUUAUAUGUGAUAAAAUUUUAUGCAGAAUGAAUUCUUUCUGACAACACAUUGAAUAGUAAUGUGAGCCAUUAUAGUCAAUUUAUUACAUAGCUAGUUAGAACUGAAAUCAUAUCAUGAAUCAUGUUGACAAUAUUGAAUGAUUUUAUAAUUGAUUGUAAACGAAGCCAUUUUUGUCUAUAUUCAGAUUAUAAAUGUUUUUAUUGCGAUACAUCCGAGUUGUUGAAGGUACUCAAAUUUGUUUUUGUUUAAUGAAAAAUCAUUUUACUCAUGUGUUCCGUUUUGUUGUCAACGAUAUAUUUCUAUCUAUGUGAUUAUUUCUGUGAACAUAUCUUGUUUGUCUAUGAUAUAUCAUUGUACCAUUUUUCCAACCUAGCGUUCAUCAGAUAAGAAACAGGAAAAGUGAUAUCUAUAUAUUUUUUUUCUCCUAUUUUGUUCUAUUUUUUAGAGGAAACCUACAAUAAAAAGAAUUCUAAAUUCAAUAGUUAAACUCGUAUAUUUUGACAUAGAAAAAUUUAUUAUUGGGAAUUUACUAAAGGAAGAUUGAAGGGUGUUCUUAUCUAGAUAAAUUGAAAUACUUCAUUGUAUAUGUAUCAUUUAAACGAUUUUUUGUAACAGUUCAAUAAAAUGUUUUGUUAGAAUAACUCAAGAGACGCAUAAAUCUCUUUGAAAUGAAAGCAUAUGUUGAAAGUCAAACUUGAGGUUUACAUUCGUUACAUUUUUAAUAUUUCAGCACGCUGUUCUCCAAGAAGAGGAUAGGCCCUGAUCAGCAGAAGGGGCAGUUGGUUCAAAGUAUGAUUCAUGUAUCGAAAAGACGAUGAAAGAAAAGCUAGAAGUAUCAUAUUACUACCUACAACUUGCUCGAAAGUGGUUACUUAAUGAUACGACGUGUGUUUUGAAAUCGACUCGUACCUACUUAAUUUAUUUUAUUUAAGCUGUAUCAAUUUGAUUGAACCUAAACGAGAGUGCAGAAUAAUUGCAUUUUACAUGCCAAAAGAAAGGUGUGGGUGUGUAUUAUGUUAAUGAGGGUCUUUUUUUAAAAGCCCACAUCCAUCCUUUAAUAUACACCGCGUACAGUACAUAGUCGAUACGAAGUUGUCUAUUACUUCAAUUUUCGGUACUAAUGAAUCACCAUCAGGAGACAUUUUGAGUUUAUUGAUAAGUGUUUUUCUUUCACUUUUUGGGUGUGGGUGUUGGUGUAGGUGUGAGUGUGGGUAUGGGUGUGGGUGGGAAUGGGAGUAUUGCUCUCUUUCUACUCAUACCCACACCCACACCCACACCCCACCCUUUCAGUAUCACUCAGGAAAAAAAUUCAUUAGAAGAAGGAAAACGAACAAAUGAUAUAUGGGAAAAUGCGCGAAAUCUUAGGGAACAAGAAUAUAUAGUCAGAAUUAAUUUUCGUCCAAAUAAUGAUAAAAAAGUUAAGACCACAAUAUUUGGUAAUUUUUCCGAGUUUUAUGCUGUUUUCGAGUUUUUUCAUUUUCCUGCUCUACUUGUGACUUCUAUAUCUUUCUGAAGGAACGUCUGUUUAAGCUAAUUUUUUUUCCAUAACAACAAGUCAUUAUGUUCUACAAGAUAAGGACAAAUUCGGUCAAUUUCAAGAACCCUUGUGUUUUCGUGGGAGAAAUUCCAUGGAACAGGCCAUAUGCAUCCGAAUGCGCACCCAAACCCACCCACACCCACACCCACACCAACACCAACACCCCACACCGACCCACACCCCACACCAUACACCCACAUCCACACGCACACCCCGACUCCGACUCCGUUGGAGUCGGAGUCGGAAUCGGAUUUCGG